AGCCAAUAAGUUAACGAAGAGUAUCUUUGAAGUCCUCUAUAUAAGAGAAGCCCUCUCUUCAAAUGUAAGCAAAAAAAUCAGAAGGAGCUAAACUUCUCUGAAUGGUUCAACUUUUUUUUAUUCUCUUUUUGCUUUCCAUGGCCGAUCAGGAUUUAGGUGUUAUACUCAGAAAAGCAAAAAUGUACCAAGAGUACAUGCAGAUUGUUCCUAUCCCCGCAAGGAAGGCCUCUGUGAUUCCUUUUAACUCAUGGAUAGGGUUGGCUACAUCAAUCAAGGGGUUAUAUGGGCAACCCCUGCACUACCUGACCAACCUCUCCAUAAAAAAGUGGGAUAGCUUGAGGACUGGGGCUAGCGAUGAAGAGGUUCCAUUGGAUAUACUCAUUGAUCCAGCUAAAGCUGAAGCAGGCAUUUGGCUUAUAGAAGAAAUGCAUAGAAAAACUACAUCUCCUUAUUUCAUUGCUAGGCUCUGGCAUGCUGAUCCUAUGUAUCAUGCUAAUAUUUGUGCAAUUUUACCAGAUUUGAAAGAUCCAUCCAAAUAGAUUCGUCUGCAAAUACCAAUCCAUCUUAUAUAUGGAUUUGGUCUAGAAUCUUGAAUUUCUAAUUUAUUUCUAUGUAAUACCUAUCUACACAUAAGCAUCAUUAAAACUAUGUACGUUUU